CAGCAAACCCGUGGCCUAUGGAUGCAGCCGAAUAUUAUCCUGCAAAACGAAGCCGAACUCCUGCAACAAGAACAAGAAGGAACAUCGAAGCUCGGUGUUCUCUCUUCCCCUCUCAACCGUCGCAGGUCGGCUAUUGACGGCUUGUCGACUGCACUGGCCUUUUUUCCCUUUCUGCGAAGCGGAAUUUCGUUUCUUGUUGUCUCGGAGAACUCGUUCGACGACCGGGACGAGGACGGAAAAUGGCAGGAACCGCGUCACAACGGAGCUUGGCUCUCGUAGCCAUGCUUCUCCUUGUGUUGUUGCUCCUACCGGCUGACUCGUAUAUUUGGAAGAGGCGACGUGGUUACGACGGCCACCGAUACCAAUCGAGGCGCCGAGCGGCGACCAGACGCCGGUCAGCCAGCUUCGGCAGGUGGUUCACUCGACCUGCGCACCCUCCGUUCAACGAUUGGUGGGACUUGCCUCCUGUUCGGCCGUGGCGUCCCUAUGCUCCGCCGCGUCAACCUGCCAACACACCGCCGCCUAUGAGCGCCCAGCAAUGUCUCGACGCCUAUCCGGACAUCCUGCGACGCGUGACUACGGCUGAGCCGACAACCUCGGCGCGUGCAGCGACGAACACAGCUGGUCACGCUUCGCCGACAGCGUGGUCUGGCAAUACCGUCACGCCAGCACUCAGCGCUGCUCCGCCUGGUGUCGGCAGCACUCACCCUGGUGAAAUUGCCCAGUCAACGCAGGCAGGUGGUGCAACUUCGGCGACCAGUGGCGAAGUGGUUUUCUCAUCAACCAAGACGAGUCGCGGACCAAAAACACCUGGGGCAAGUACAUCUAAAGCCCAGAUGGUCACAACUGGUCUUGCAAGCAGUACAUCGACGACAUUUCCAGAGCCAACCUCCAAUAGCUUUUUGAGCGAGACUAGUUCAACUGGCUCCACCCCUGGCCAGAUUGCCACUGCUAUUGCGCCCAGUGAAUCAAGGAUCUCAUCCAGCGAAGAGGUGACAUCAUCUGGUGAGGCAGUGACAUCAUCCAGCACUGGCUCUGUCACAAGAGGUAACUCCCCCACGGCAGGUGGAGGUGGUGGUGGCUUGGCGACAUCAUCACCUCUCGGCAACCCUACGGUGGGCCCACGCACGGUUUCAGCAUCGUUACCUGCGCCUCGCGUAACCGUUUCCGCAGCACCGACAAUGGAACCAACAGCAGAAACGGCAACACAGCACAUACCGUCACCCUCCGUACCCUCCAGUCUGCCAUCAGAAACCCAGAACCAAACACCGACAACUGGAGGACCGGUGACAACUGGAGGAGCUGUGACAACUCACGGCCAUGUUUCAAAAGGAGUUCUGCCGACGACGCCAUUGUCACCCGCAACCUCUACCAUUGCUACCAGUUCACAGGUUAGUGGUUCGAGCUCAAUUGUUGCUACCUCGCUUGUUACCGGGUCACAGACCAUCUCGUCCGUGACGACGACUGUUCCUGGAGUGACAACUAACACACCAGUCACAGCAUCGCCUCAAGGCCGUACAGCUACUCCACACUUCAGCAAAUCUGCAGUUGUGGCAUCACCUGCACGCUCCAUAUCGCCCCACGGAAGUGCUUCGCCCGUUUCUCCAUCGCCCUCUUCAGUAUCAAGGCAGGUGUCGAUGACUCGUGUGCCGGCAAAGCAAACAACCAGUGGGUCUCCACUGGUAUCAUCUGCGCCAGCAACAUUCUCGGAGCGCUCCACCCUGUCAACCAGUACUGCAGUAGAGGCAGCCACCACUCUCACUACAUCACGGGCGAUAGCAAGCAGUGUCUCGGUCGGUUCGUCCACACAACCGGGCGUAUCCACUGAGAGUACUUCUAGUAAGAUAGCUGCCACUCCGGUUUCUACCGGGAUGCAUUCACCAGGUCCUGGCCUGACUACGGGCUCCUCAGAGCCACUCACAAGCUCUGGAGCCACGGGGGCAAGGACUGCGCCAGUCGCAUCUUCCAGCACGGAAUCCAUCAGGCUGAGUUUGUCCUCAUCUGAAGUUGUGUCAACCAAUGCACAAAUCCAGGUGACCACAGGAUCCACAGCACCUGAGCAAAGCACACCAUCAACUCCGACUGGCUCCACAGCGCCAGAAGAAACUACAACGUUAACUCCAACAGGAUCCAAAGCACCUGAAGAAGCUACAUCGUCAAUGCCCCCGGUGACAUCGUCGCCAAGAACCGCUCCCAUGACCACAGCUGCCUCAGCGACUGCACGCUCUGCUGAAGUUGCCAGCACUGCAGCACCCACUACCACCACAACACAACCCACCACCACAGUAUCGCCGACGACGACAGAGCCACUCGGCUUCGAAAAGGGAUUCGGCCGCCACGCGGACGCCGAUCGUGUGCAAGCACAGGAACGAGAGGACAUAGCCGAGUUGCAACAGAAGUACGACAGCAACGCAGAUGCAUGGCAGUAUGGUGAUGAUGAAGACAACCAGGACGGGUACACCAAUCUCUGGGACAACACCGAUCAAACUGGUGCAGUUUGGAAGCGAGAAAUUCAGUCAGACAAGGCUGCAGAAAACGAGAUCCUUGCCGACCUUGAGCAAUAGUUUGUCAGCGGACUAGAUGGCCAACCCAUAAGGAAGUAGACCCAGGAGGCUCGUGAUGCUCAAGUUGGUAGUUGGCGAAGAUGCCCAGAGUUGCCAGUCACGGCACCAGGUUCAUUGAGCUGCUUCUGCAUUGGCAGCAUUCGUGUAAAAAAAUCCAAUGUGAGAUGUAAGUGUCCGUUUGUACAUAUGUCAAGUCUUAUUUGUUGAGUGCUGAUACUGAAAUAACAUUAUGUACUGAAAUGAGUAUCUUAGAUGCCGGUGAUACCGGACUGCUCAGCACCAUUACGAACUGGAACCCCUAGCUGCUUUCAUUGUGAGCUUGUUUCUUUCAAUGAUGCUGAAAAUUGUGUUAUUUCAACUUGCUUUCCAAUAUUGCACCCCCCCCCCCCUCUCUCUCUCUCCCAAUAGCUAUGCAUACACCACUGGGCACUAGUGAUGCUAAUGUUUUAGCUUCAUGGAAAUGGUGUGCACCUCCUGGAUUACAAAUCAAGCUGUUUCUAGAAUUUUCUUGAUGUUGCCGUCACUCUAACGUAUUGCCUUUCUUUCAGUUGAAUGCCCAAAUUUCAAUUUCAAAUUUCGCUACUUGAAAAGAGAGCGUGUUGU